AUGCCGACCCCAAAAUCCCCAAAGACAAUUUCAUGCAACGCGCCGCCGCAGCCGCAGCCUCCUCUACAUCCACAAAAUACAAACACACAUACCCCCUCAACACCCUCCACUUCACAGCUCCAACAACAACAAUCUUACGAUACCCUAAAGACGCCCACACCAUCACCCAAGCGCCAAAAGAAUUCCUCACAUUCCAAAUCUACACCUUCCACGCCCGCCACGGGCAACGCAGAUCUAGAAGCCAUAUCCGCCGCGAUUAGAGCUGAGGAGGAGAAACGGGCCGCCGCUAUCGCGAGACAGGCCGCCGAGGCCGGCGAGGAGGAAUGGGUCAUUGAGUAUCCGCCGGGGACGUUUCCCGAACCCCAUCCACAAACGGCGAUGGAUGGCGGUAGUGUGUAUGGGUUUGGCGAUGUGGGGGAUGAGGAGGUUAUGGGCGGCCGACAGAGUUUUGGCGGGUUCAAGAGGAAAGGGAGGAAGGGGCUGGCGACGGCGACAUCUAGCUCGCACAACGCGAAUGCAGAUGGGGAUGUAGACGGAGACGGAGACGGAGACGACGAAGAUGAAGAGAACGAUGACGGCCACAGUGGAAGCGGAAGUAGUGAUAAUGACGACGACGACGACGAUGACGGUCUCGAUGCACUCCUGAAGGCCGCUAAACAAAAAUCUGAGAAGAAACGGGCUGAAAAGCGAUGGAAUGCGCAAAACAGCAAGAAGAGAAAAUCCGGCGAUGAUGCUGUCGAUCUCAGUCGGUUGACUAGUAUAUCUGGAGGCGUCGAUAAGGGGGAGCAACAGCGGCAGCACAAACGACAUCGGAAUCAGUGGGGUGGGGGUGGGGGCGGGAGGAAGGGGAGGAGGUGA